AUGCCUGGAAUAUUACCCAUGAAGGUGAUCAAGGUGGGCACCAGCUCGCAAAGCCGCAUAGCACAGGCCUGCGACCGGUGCCGGAGCAAGAAGAUUCGUUGCGAUGGAAUCAGGCCGACAUGCUCGCAAUGCUCCAACGUGGGCUUCGAGUGCCGCACAAGCGACAAGCUGAGCCGUCGCGCAUUCCCCCGCGGCUACACAGAGUCUCUCGAGGAGCGCGUGCGCCAGCUGGAAACCGAAGUCAGGGAGUUGAAGGACUUGCUGGAUGAGAAGGACGAAAAGAUUGACAUGCUGUCGAGGAUGCACGGAAACCACAGCCACACGACUAUGCGCAGCCCUUCCGUCGCGACAUCGGCGCAUUCACCCGCGUCGACAUCAGAUGGAAGAAAGGAUGCUGGGGCGCCGGCCAAGGAAGAUACUUUCCGGGUGCAGGCGUCGCCGUUAUUACUCGGCGUCGAGAACUCGGAUUCAUACUUUAUGGGCCCUUCCAGCGGCCGUGCCUUUAUCGAGGCUUUCAAGCGCAAGAUGCAAGAAAAUGGCAAGUCAUGCUCAGAUUUCAACCCGGAAGCGUUUCUGCAUAUCCAGGGGUGCCAUCCCUUGACGCCGAAAACGCCUGAUCAGUCACUCAAAGUGCCGCCGCGUUUGUUCUCAGAUCGCUGCGUCAACGUCUACUUCCAAGAGUGGGCUCCCUUAUUCCCCGUCUUGCACAAGCCGACAUUCCUCCACAUCUAUGAGGAGUUCGUAUCAGACCCGGAAAAGGUCAAGAAUAACCACAAAAUCGCCCAGCUGUACCUCGUCUUUGGCAUCGCGGCAUUAGGCAGCGACCAGCCCGAUCUCGAGCAGAUCGCAGCGUGUGAGCAACAAUGGCAGCGAGCUGUCGAGGCUGUUCUUAUGGAAAACACCAUGGUCACCCUGCAAUGUCUUGAGUUGGCUCUCUUGUACUGCAUCGUGAGAGCGGAUUACAAGCGCUUGCAGCACUACAAGGGCAUUGCGGUGGGUUUGUCCCAUCGCCUCGGCCUCCAUCAGAGCCAGAAACGCUUCUCCUUCGGCGCGCUCACUAUUGAGACCCGUAAGAAGGUGUUCUGGACUCUGUACACAUUGGAUUGCUUCUCUGGUGCCAUUCUUGGAUUGCCGAAACUGCUCAAGGAGGAUGAGAUCCACACUGAGUAUCCUUCAGACACAGACGACGAGUACGUCACAGAGAAGGGCUUCCAGCCGACGCUCCCUGGCGAAUACACCCGCUUGUCGAGCGCGCUCGCCCUCUUCCGCUGUUGCCGAAUCCUAGCCAAGGUGAUGGAGAAGAAUUACCCCGCCGCCACUUCACAUGAGCUGUCGCUGCAGUCAAUGUCUGCCAUGGAGGCUGAGCUCGACGAAUGGAACGAGUCACUCCCGACGCAUCUCAAGCUUACCUUUAAGCAAGAUAAGCCUUCGACCGAUGUCACCGGAAGCCGGUCGCCAUUGCUUGCUCUCGCCUACUACUACACCAAGAUCCUCAUCUACCGCCCUGCCGUUGGCUCCUCGCUCGGUCGCAAGGCCGCCCCUGCUUUGAUCUCCAUUGGCGAGUCCAGCAAGCACGUUGUUCAAAUCGUCCAGCUGCUCGAGGAGCGCAGCAUGACCUUCUCCUUCUGCCUCAACAAGACGGAUACCCUCGUUCUCUGCGGCAUGACCCUCAUGUACCAGAGCUUCGAGCUCAAGCCCGAAAGCAAGAUGCUAAAGGACGUCGAGCGUCUCGUCAACAGCGUCCUCCACAUUCUCACAAAGGCCAAGGCACCCGGAUCCUUCGAUCUCAAGCGUGUGGCAGGCCUCCUCAUUCGACUUGAUGAGCAAAACCUGCCCACUCCGCCACAAGAGCCUCCGGAAGCAUCCGCGUCCAUGCCCGCACCGCAAAGGGCUUCGCCGCCUGCGCCAGCGGUGAAGAAGAAGUCGCCUCAACGGACUUUGGGUCGUCUUCCGAGCGCCGCUGCUAGCGAGAGUGACUUGAUCCAGCAGCAGGAGAAGAUGCGCCGGAUGACCAUGCCGAGCAUCCAGAACCGCCCAGAACUCUACCGGUCCCGUUCGAAGCCGUCGUUUGACAAUUUACAACAGCAGCAGCAAGACGUCCCCGCACGGCGAGACCAGCGUCUUUCUAUGUCACAAAUCGCCAGCCGCAUCCGCACGUCCUCCAAGCAGAACCUCGACUAUCUGUCUCUGAAUAGCACACCAAACGGUUCAUCGCCUCCAUCGCCAACUACAGCCCGUCUACACCAGCACAUCCUCGCCGCAGCGCACCAGAGUCUUUACGCACAACAGCAGCAGCAACAACAACAUCAGCCACAGCAACCACAAAAGGUGUCCGGGGUAUCUUCCUCUGAAUGGGAGGCCCUUCUCGGCUCCAUGGACGGCGGUCUGAACAACGUCUACGACGCAAUCUACGGCGGCGGUGGCGGCGCCAUCCCCAACAUGGGAGAGACGCCCGCGUCGUCAUCGACAGGGUUGGACAGCUGGAGCCCCGAUAGCUGGGACCUAGCCAACUUCAAUAUCGGUGACUUUGGAACGAACCCAGCACCGCCGCAGAGUGUGUUGAGUGUUAGCGAGGAGAGCUUGUCCUCGGGCGAGGACCUGGCGACGAGUGAUUUGAAUUUGAGCGUCAGCAGUUUGGAGUACCGGAACGCGUUGCUCGCAUCUUGCAGCGGGAACGGGAACAAUGAUGGGUUAUUUUUGGAUGGGCUUGAUGGGAAUUACGGACUUUGA